UAAAGACCAAAUAUGUCAAGCAAAGCCAAAGAAUUGCUCGCAAAGAAAAAGAAGAAAGCCAAUCAGAAGAAGAAGACUACUAAAAAAGAGGAACUUUCUGCCAAAAACAAGCAGGACACCUCAAGUGCCAAGCAAGAGAACGAGUGGGAAGUUGAAAAAGAAACUCCCCAGGUAAAGACAACCUUCAAAAUUGAAGGCAAAGAAGUCGAUGAACUCCAGAAAAAGAUUGUCAAAGAAGACAAGAAGGAAGAAGUCGCCAAAUGGGACGAAGAAGGACAAGAAUUCCUGAAAGCAGAUGAGAACUCAGCUAAGCUAGUCCAGGAUGCCUCAGCCGCAAAGCCAUCAGUACCUGGGAAGUCAGCCUCCGAUAUUCAGUUUGGUGGAAAACCUAGCUUUGGAUCUGGAAGGCCUAAGUUUACCUCUACUGGCAACAAGAGUAACGGAGCUGGAUUAGGCAAAAAGAGCAUGGGUGCUGAAUACUUCCCAGAGCUCGGAGAUACAGCUCCUCCUCCAGAGAAAGAUACAUCUAGCAGGAAGCUGAACGGGCCUCCCAAAUUCACUGGCAAUAACAAAAACAGGUUCGACCAGCUAGAAGUCCACAAGACUAACAAAGAAGAUAAAAAGGAUGACCAAAAAGAUGACAAUAGAGAGCAAGCUCCUCGCUUCAAGAAAAGGAAGGAUGAGUUCUUCGGGAAUUUCAGAGCAAACAACAAAAAUAUCAAAGCUGAUGAAUCCUCCCCCAAAGAGACAGAGCCUAAGCCCAUAACUAGCAGCGGUGGACCUCCAAAGUUCUUCUCAAAAGGUGCUUCUAACAAGAUGACCAUGGCCAAAGCCCAAGAAGAAGCUGAAAGGAAGAAGGAAGAGCUCAAGAAAAAGGAGGAUGCUGAAGAAGCUAAAAUGGAUAAGAAGAAGCCUUUAGCCAAAAAGAAGUUCGAUGAUGAUAAAAAGGAUAAUAAAUUCAUCAAGAGAGAACCCAAGAAGGUAGCUGAGGAUAAGCCAAAAGAGACGAAGCCAAAAGAGACGAAGCCAAAAGUUUCAAAAGAGAAAGCAGUACUCGAAGAUGAAUGGGGAGCAGGCGGACUUGAAGAUGUCCUAUAAUUUAAUAAUCGCUGAUCAUAGCUCAACAAU